GCAAAGACCACAUUUCCACCAUCAAUUCUAUUUGGAUUGCCAUUUGGGAUUGUGUACGUUUCAUGAUAGAAUUGUUUUAGUUUUUUGCAAUUACUGGAAAGGAAAGUCUAUACAUAAAGGCUUUUACAGAUCUCCCUUUUCAGUGUCACUAGAGAAAUCGAACGUUCCAAAAAUGAGUAACCGGGAUGACUACCGUUAUGAAAAAAAUGAACAUUAUUAUCACCGAUCAAUGAACGAUAAAGGUGGUCCUACCCAUGAACAUGGUUCGCGGGCGUAUCAUCCUAAUAGACCGAGGUCACGAGCUAGCUAUGAAUCACGGUUUCCUUCUAAUUCUCGAGACUUUGAUAACCAUCAUCAUCAUUACCACUUAAAAUCUAAUUCGGGGAAUCGAUUUAAUGACUCUGAAAUGCAUAAUGGAGCGAAUAAUGACCCAAAAACUCCGUUAAUAAAGCUUCCUGAUGCUAGUUUGGCAAGUCAAUUAAAAUCCGCAAAAAAAUCAUGGCAAGAUACCUCUAAUAACGUUUCCAAUUUUGAAAAUGAGUUUUUGCAGCAAAGAUUUUUUUGGGAAAAAGUUCGCCCGGAUGUUUUUCGCGAACAAUUAAGAAGCAAUACUGCUGAGAAAAGUUUAGACGAUUUUGUCAAUAGUGUGAACAUCUAGGUUCUUUUUCUUCCUUUUCGGAAACCAUUUCAUAUUUUCUCGUUGUCCCUUUUUUUUUAUUACUACACUUGUAAAAUGCGCACCUUUUUUUGUUUUUUAACCCGUUAUGUCCCAUCGUGAUAUACAUUUGUCAUAAAUAACCCUUUGUAAAACCAUUCAAUUGAUGCUCAUCAAAGUUCAGCCUUCCCAAUCCGUAGAAAUAGUGUCGAAAAUAAUAAACUUUCACCUUGCAUGUCGUACAGCGGAAUAUGUCGAUAUCCACUUUCUAAUCUAUAUAAAGGACACCCAAAUUCUGCAAUUACCGUAUCAUUACCAGAGCUUGCACGAUGAUGAAUCAAGAAACGAAUGACUGAGUAAACAUCAUCUACCGAAGCACUUUUGUAUUGAAAACUCUCUUGCCAUAAUGGUCGAAAGCCAUUGCGAUCCACCACACUCGUAUUCCAGCGAAAGGGUGUCUCCUCCAGGGAAUGUAUUUGUACUUCUACAAAUGGACAAAGCGUUUCCGAGUUUGAGAGCUCCUUUGCACGACGUAAUUGUUGUCCCGAUAUAAUUUCAAUAUCCAGUAUCAUUUUUUUAGGACAAUCAUUACAUUCCUUAUUUUGCUUCAAUUUUUCUUCUGUGACUCGUUGAUACAUCGGUUUCAGCAAAUAACCACUUGGAGGAUCGGCCUGGAAAAGUGCAUCAUUUAUUUGAAGACCAACAUCAUAUGUUUGCCAGUUUAGGGCAACCAUCUGUACACCCAUGCGCCAAUAGAACUGAGGAUUAAGGUUGGUACUGCCAAGUCGUAAUGGACCUGGGUAUACACGACAUAAAUAUUUUAUAUUAUGCUUGCUCAGUCGUGGAAACAUCGUCUUUCCAUGCCUUUUAAUGGUCCUCUCGGAAAAUGAGAAUGUGUGAUUAUAAGUUUUCGAUUCAGGCAAAGAAAAGUUACGAAACUUCAGCGAACGCACAUAUGGUGCUAUUUGCUGAAGCUCGGGUAUAAUUAAUUUUUUAUUCCGUUUCUUUGGCUCAUUCGUUAAGUUUCUCUCCCCAUUUUCAAAUUCAGAAGACUCCGUGGUAUCCGUAGAUGAAUCAACAACACUCCCUCGAAAAAAGUCUAGGGAAUUCGAGGCCGAAACAGUCGCUUGGCACUUUACUUUAACUAAUAUUUUAUAUAGUAAUUGCUCAGGAGACGGUAAAGAUGUUUCAAAGGGUCCCAGUGGUUCAGUCAAUAAAUUACUUCCAAACGUUUGUUUCAUAUAAUCGGCCAUCUGUCGUUGCUGUUCCGGACAGCAAUGGAUUUCCAAAGAAAUAAUGACAGGAUAAGCAGAAACGACAAAUGCAUACUUUUUUAUAACGUCUAUAACAUCAUUGAAGCGAAUCAUCGAUGUAAACGUUCUUCCGUGACAUACCACUGGCCCGUCAGAACCAUCCCAACAGUCUAUUUCAAUACAUUUACACCCUCUCUGCAAUGAACGAAUAUAACCCUCGAUGGAGCUUUCUCCGGCAAAUUGCUUCCCAAGCAAAUACGUAUUAUGCGAAGAAGAAAUGAUAUAUUCAUUCAAAGGGCGAUUCAUAUCUUGAUUCACUGGCGUUAACGGGGCGUUGGCAGGAGAUAAUAAGUAAGAUGUAAAGUCAAUUAAAUCCAUCGGAGAGUCAUAAGACUUGCAAAACGAACCAUAUACAAGCUCAACUUGAUCAUCAUUUAUAGUAGAUUUUUGGGAAUCUCGUAAAAACGUAACAAAUUGUUUCAACGUCAUCUCUUUCGAGUGGUUUGUAUACUUAUUAAACACUUGCCUCACCUCUGGCCUUGUCUUCAACAUACUAACAAAAUGCUGAAACCCUUCAAAACUUAGUUUUCCGGUUCCGAGCGUAUCGGCCUUACGAAAAGUCUGCUCCAGAUAUUCGUAAGAAGCGUUGAGAUGAAGUUUUUGACACAUACACUGUAUGUCCUCAAAGGUGAGUUCCGCAGUUUCAUCGUUCUCUAAUUUCUCCCAAGGGUGGCCUACAUUUUCAUCUCCUUUGAUCGUUUGAAUAUUAUGAUUGGAUACAAAACGAGACCCUGUAAUAAACUCAUUUAAACGAUACGUUUUCAAUCCUUCUAGAGCCAUUACCCAUUGAUUAAGACCGUCUAUGGUGGGAGAAAUGAAAUGCAAAGCUUUCAUCUUGUCUUCUGCCGUAUAGACAAUAGUGAACCAUCUAUUUUCAUGCUCAUAAGAAACUUUGAACUGUUCUCUGUAGUUUCUGGAUUCGCUUCCUUGACGAAUUUCUUUAAUGUCAUCAACACAUAGUUUACGGUAAGGUUUCCCAGUGUUUUUGUCUAAAAUCAUGUAUCCUGUAAACGGAUCUAAUGAUACUUUCCGUUGCCGUACUUUUUUUUUUGUGACACGAAAAAGAAAACAACCAUUUUGGAUAGAUUCCGGGACUAUUGUCGCAAGUAAGUAUUUCGUAUCAAAAAUGUCUGAGGAGGGAGAUAAACCAUUGGUAUUAUUGUUCUCCAAUUUCGAACUAUGAGACGAACUAAAAGAUCUUUGAAAAGACCUACGAGAGAAUCUCUGCGACCGAAAUAGAAUAUUCAAUUUUACAGACAACCAAUUUAACCCAGUACUUCUAUAGGAUUCAUUGUACGGAACAGUCGAUUUAGAGUGAGCAUCAAGAUAUGAAGAAAAAGAAUUCGAUCGCUUUUUCAAGCCCCCCUGAGGAAUGUUUUUUCUAUCACACAUAGCAUUUUCGAGUCCAUUCUUCAAAGCCGGAACGGUUGUAUUUACGGAAUGACUUCGGUUAGGAGACGGCGAAUAUUGUUCAAUGUGUUCCAACGGACUUGAAACCCUUUCUAAUGGAAUAGGGCUUUCCCUAAAAAUUUCGAUCUGUCGUUGAUCCAUUAUGUCGUUGUUUGGAUUGAAUAGAAUAGUUUUCAACCUCUUAAGCAAACAGAUAGCCAAAACCUCUGUCCUUCAUUUUCUCUAAACGUCGCCUUUCCAAUUUCAUUCACAAUGGACUUGGCCUUUUCCCUUAAAGAUACGAGCAAAGUCUUCUUUCGCCAGAGCCGAAAAUGAGAAAAAAUAUAUGUAAACAGCCUUUCAAGUGAUCAAAAAAGUUCAUCAAAGUCGAUGGAAGGACUUUGGACUUAAGAAAAUAACUACUGGAUCUGUUUAGUUACUAAUCCUUGGAAACAUACCAACAUUUCAUUUACCGAAAUUGGCUGAAGUUCGUGAAAGCAUCACUCCGCUACAGUAGUAAACAAACUCAUGACUGGCAAAUGUGAGUCUUUUUUUAUGAAUUGACGCGUCAAAUUCAUCCAAUUGAACGGUAAUUUUUAUAAAUAAUCAUGUAAUCAUCGAGAAUUUUAACGAACCCUUUUUUAACAAAAAGUUUUCAUGGAUCCUGAGAAAAUAGAGUUUUUCAGUAGUUUUCAGUGCAAUAGCAGGGUCUUUUCAGU